AACCCUAAAAACAUUCGCCCUUCCCCUCUCCUCCCUACCUAGCUCCCACCUUGCCGGCCAUGGCGUCGCGGCUCCGCUCCAUCUCCCGCCCCGUCGCAGCCGCCUUCCUGCGCCCCGCGGCCGCGCGGAGCCCGGCCGCCGCUCUCCCCCGCUCCCUCGCUUCAGCCCCCAGGCCUUCUUCUUCCCUGGGGCGGCAGAUCGCGCUGGCGCGGUCCCUGCAGCCGCUGCACAGCGCAAUCUCGGCGGCCAGGCUGACGUCGCGGCUGGGGGCGGAGGUGGCCCGGGCCGUGUCGCAGGGUACGCUCUGCAGCUCCUACCCGGGGGUCUGAGUCUGAUAUCAUCUAUUCUUUGCUUCCUGCCUAGACCGGUCUCAGUGUGCCUCGAUAAUGAAAGAAACCGCUCUGGGAUAGACGCAGCGGAUAAUGAAGUAUUUUGCUCCCUCCAAUAAUGGGUUUUGUUUUUUGGCUAGUUCUUCAGGGAAUUAAUAUGCUAUGUACUAAUGACCUUAUGUCAUAUACAUGGAAGCAAUUACUUUGUGCAUUUCAGUUAAGCUUGAUCCUUGGCUGAACAGAGUUGUAUUUUGUUAACAGUCUGAUUAUUGGACGAAAUGCCCUCUAGUUCGUCCUUUUGUUUGAGGAUCACCUUAUCUUACUAUACUCAA